UCUUCUCGACUAGCCUCUUUAAAACCGGAUGUAAGGGCAGCGGCGGCAUCUACUUACCCGCUAUUGCUAGGCGACGGGUUCUUGCCUGACCCGAUUCGAGCUCCAUCCAGGGUCGGCUCGUCAUUGUAGCAGCCUCCUCUCCAAUUGUCCUCCUUGACAACCUCCGCAUCCCUCCACACAUAUUCCAGGUAGCCAGACGUCUUAGAAAAUGUCUCGCACGGGGAAGCCGCUGAUGAUAUUAUUGGGUGUCUUGAUGCUGCGUUCGGGAUACGCUCAGUCCGCGGGGUUUGUAAAGUCCCCCCUCUCCGAGACUAAAUUGACAGGUGACACCUUUGAACUGUACUGUGAUGUUGUGGGGAAGCCCACCCCGGAAAUCCAGUGGUGGUAUGCAGAAGUCAACCAGGUCGACAACUUCGUACAGCUGUGGGAUGGUGCGCGCAAGCAACGCGUGUCCAUCAACACGGCGUACGGCGUCAACGGGGUUAGCGUGUUAGCCGUCACACGUGUCGCCAUCGAGGAUUCUGGGGUUUAUGAGUGCAGAGCCAGUAACGACCCACGGCGUAACGAUUUACGCCAGAAUCCAUCCACUACCUGGAUAAGAGCCCAGGCAACAGUUACCGUGUUGCAGAAACCAUCAAUCGAAUCAUCAGAUCACAUGCUCCUACCCAGUGGUUACCACAGCCAACCAAUCACGCUUCAGUGCAAUCUCACCUCUUCUCUAAACGGCCACCAUGAGAGUUUCUGGAUGAAGAACGGGGAGGAGAUCCCUGACACAAGAAACAACGGCAAGAACAUCGAGUACAAACUCCAAAAACCAAGGGCAGAUGAUGCAGGCGAAUAUAUGUGUGUGUUCCUAUUUGACAAAACCCCUCAAGCAAACGCCACCAUUGAGGUCAAAGCUGCACCAGACAUCACGGGGCACAAGCGCAGCGAGAAUAAGAAUGAGGGGGAGAGAGCCGUCCUCUACUGCAAAUCUGUCGGUUAUCCUUAUCCACAGUGGACCUGGCGGAAACUCGAUAGCAGCAACAACUUGGAUAUUGACAACUCCUCCGGACGCUUCUUCAUCAGCAGCAAGGACGGCUACACUGAGCUUUCCAUCAUCGACCUGGACCUCACAUCUGACCCUGGAGAGUAUCAGUGCAAUGCGACAAACACCGUCGGCACCAUCUCCAUGACAUCCGUGCUGCGAGUCAGAAGCUACCUGGCCCCUCUGUGGCCCCUCCUCGGGGUUCUUACUGAGAUUAUCAUUCUGGUUCUCAUCAUCGUCAUCUACGAGAAGCGCAAGAAGCCUGAUGAUGUGCCCGAUGACGACGAACCAGCCGGACCAAUGAAAACCAACUCCACCAAUAACCACAAAGAUAAAAACUUGCGUCAGAGAAAUACAAAUUGAUUUGAUCAAGAUAAGAUAAAGACAUGCACAUCAUAACCAUAUAAACGUUAUUCAUGAACGGUUCAGCGGAUACGUAAACAAAGUGGAAAAGUUGGAAGACGGAAAUAAAUUGAGCAUCCAAGGCAUGCCUUGUAAAUCUGGUUCGGGAAAGAUCUAUGAACAGAAUUGAACCUGAAUUUAAAGCGUGAACAUUUUCUUGCAUGAUUGUGUUGCUUUUAAUUUCUAAUUUUUUUCCAUGCAAAAACUACAAAAAUAUAAUGCAUGCAAGAUAUUCUACAAUUUGAUACAGGCUUUUUUUGUUUGCAUAUUUAAGAAUGACGUCUAUUUCAAGCAAGCCUUUAACUUAUCACAAAUAUGCCACCAUAUUUGUGAUAUGAACGUUUUUAUGUACAGAUUAUUAUAUUAUGUAUGUAUACCAUUUGAUAAGGUGGCAUUAGAAUCUAUUAAACAAUUAAGGGCUUUGCAAAUUGUCCUGCCAUGUUUAAUUUGUACAUGUAUUGUACAUUGAUGUAUGAAAUCACUUGAAAUAUCUAUAGUUACCUGAAUGUUCUUCAUACUUAUGCACUUAUCUCUUUAAAAAAAAAAAUUCUCCCAAACCAGUGAAUUCAUUUCUGAGUCCACGUGGCUGAUUGCUUUUUAUGUAUGCAUAGUAUACAGCAUGGCUUUUAUUCUAUGCAAUAUCUAUACAUACAGUGAAACAAUUUUUUAUGUUAGCUUUUAGUUGUGUAUUUAAGCUUUAAUAUAUAUUUUAGCAGAGUACACUGUUCGAACCAUGACAAACACUCCACAUGGUUAACUCAUUACUGCAUGAGCUACUAUGAUCUAUAAAGGGUCCACUAGGACAGAAUGUGAAGAGAAAUGAAUAUUAACUGAACUAUAAGGCAUAUACAUGUCAUUUUUAACAAUUAAAACAUCCAAAGUCAAAA